AUGCGAAUUUUGGUAUCCUACGUGCUUUCGUCUUGUGCUGUCUUGGUGUCAUGCUCUCCGCAAGUUCAGCUCCAUAGGACUACAUUGGUAGGAAGGGACGUUGCAGGACUAAAGCAGGACUUUUUCGGGGGCAUACCGUACGCGGAACCGCCCCUUGGACCACUGCGUUUGCGACCACCAGUUUUCAAACCACAGCUUGACCCGGGAUCGUUCAAUGCAAGCAAUUUUGGAUUGUCGUGUCUCCAACCGGUAAACGUCUUGCCGUCUUAUGUACACGGAAUGUCCAGCGACCUUAUUUCGGAAGACUGCUUAACCAUUAAUGUUUUUCGUCCGAGCGGCGUUACGGAAAACUCGUCCUUACCCGUGUUAUUUUGGACGUACGGCGGCGGUUUUGAGUCCGGUUCGGCAUCCCUUUUCAAUGGUAGCGCUAUCGUUGCUCAAAGCGUUGUCAGAGGAACACCUAUUAUCUAUGUCAAUUUCAACUACCGUCUUGGACCUCUUGGUUUUCCUCAAGGGGCAGAAGCUGCGUCUCGGGGUAUACUGAAUCUCGCCAUUAAGGACCAGCUGGCAGCACUGGAAUGGGUGCAGAGCAAUAUUGGUGCAUUUGGCGGUGAUAAGCACAAGGUAACGGUCUUUGGAGAGAGUGCAGGGUCUAUCAUGACGUCCAUACUCUUUCUACACCCAUCCAUAUCCAAGUUUGCAAGAGCGGCAAUAUUCGAGUCUGGGUCGGCAACUUCGUCCAUCACAUUUAAUGCCCAACGUCGGGAAGACUCCUGGACCGUUUUCGUCCAGAGUAUACCAAGCUGCAGCUCCUUUGUCGGGACAUCGUCGACAGUAAACUGCUUACAAUCCGUCAGCUCUUCAGAUAUCCUUGAAGGGCUGCUGCGGGCCUUUGCAGAAGCAAAUGAAGCGAUUCCUUAUGAUCCAACACUUGAUGGUGCUUCAGGUGUUUUCCCAGGUUUGCCUUCUGAAUUAUUUCCCCGAGGCCAGUUCGCCCGCUUGCCUUUUAUCGCUGGCACUAACCUGGACGAAGGGACUAUGUUCUGUCCCACCGAGCUGAACUAUACCAAUGGCCUUCUCCGACAAAUAUUGAACGCAAACUUCUCUCCCCCGGCAGUUCCUGACAGCGUUCUGGAUGAAAUACUGGCAUUGUACCCUGACGAUCCCUCUGCUGGUUCUCCAUAUAACACCGGUAAUGAGACGUUUGGCCUAUCGCCUCUCUUUAAGAAAUGUGCCGCGUUGACGGGCGAUUUAAAUUUUGACUCCCAAAGACGACAUUGGAUUCAAACCACCUCAGAAUCUGGUGUUAAAGCUUUUGGAUACCGGUUUACGCAGCCUCCUUCUAUUAUUGUGCCUGACCUUGGAGUCUAUCAUGGCAGUGAACUACCAUUUGUGUACGGCGCCUUAGGGUCUCCCAAUGAACCGGCUUCAGCGAAUGCGCUGAGCGUGGCGAUGAUUGACUAUUGGGUGUCUUUUGCAACGAGUCUGGACCCCAACGAUGGUCGUGGCUCAUCACGUCCCAUCUGGCCCCAGUACACACCCGAACGACAGGUGUUAAUUCAACUAAAUGGCAAUAACCUAACCGUCAUUCCCGAUGAUUACAACAAAGAUAAGAUCGAUUUUAUCAUCUCUGAAGGCGCGACCUUUCGUCAUCGUCGUUGA